ACUAAUUUUUUUUUUCUUUUUCCCCAUAGAGAAUCUCUAGGCCCAUUUUCGUGUCACCACCACCGCUGACCCCCCACCCACCUACACCGCACCAAACAAUCCCUUCUUUCUACGCCAAAAACCCUUCUAACCCAACCACCCUAAAACUACUCGUAACCAACUUCCCAUUUUCUAGGAAUAAAAAUGGAUACUAAUAAUCAAGCUUCUUCACCAUCACAAACCGGAGCUCCGACCCAAUUAAGGAACAACACCCAUAUGAUGCUUCCUGAUGACCCGACACCUUCUUCCUCUCUCUUUGACUGGUCCGAUUUACUCGAAUUCAACCUCGAUGAACAAUUAUCCAUCUCAUUCGAUGACCCGCCCGACCCAUUACAACCCGUAAUAAUACCAGAAGAUGAUUCUCCGGGUCGGAUCAGGAAGAGAGACCCGAGGAUGGUUUGUUCGAACUUUCUAGCGGGUCGGAUUCCAUGUGCUUGUCCUGAGUUAGAUGAGAAGAUGGAAGAAGAGGAGCUGGCAGGGUUUGGGCCUGGGAAGAAACGGGCUAGGACUGUACGGGUCGGAUCCGGGGCGAGGUGUCAAGUACCCGAUUGUGAAGCGGAUAUUACUGAGCUUAAAGGGUAUCAUAAGAGACAUAGGGUUUGCUUACGUUGUGCUAAUGCAACUGCUGUCUUGCUUGAUGGACAGAGCAAGAGAUAUUGUCAGCAGUGUGGCAAGUUUCAUAUUUUGUCAGAUUUUGAUGAAGGUAAACGUAGUUGUAGACGAAAAUUAGAGCGGCAUAACAACAGGCGUAGGAGAAAAGCCACCGAUUCUUCCAAAUCGCCUGUUGAGAAGGAAUCUCAGCAGGUCACGACGGCUGAUGAUGUUAGCGGUGAUGACGACAUUAUCAAAGAUAGCACAUGCAUGGCCAGCCAGUUAGGAGAAAGGGAAAUCCUAUUAGAAUCUGAAGGACAUGUGCCAAUAAGCUCCACUCAAGGCAUCCAAAAUAAUCACAGUGAUAGUUUCACUGCUUCUGGUGAAACACAGGUUGAUGCGGAAAAAGAGAACUCCAAAAAUUCCCAUUCUCCAUCCUAUUAUGACAACAAGAGUGCUUUUUCUUCAGUGUGCCCCACUGGUCGGAUCUCAUUCAAGCUUUAUGAUUGGAACCCUGCAGAGUUCCCUCGAAGACUCCGGCACCAAAUCUUCCAGUGGUUGGCCAGUAUGCCUGUCGAAUUGGAGGGUUAUAUUCGACCAGGUUGUACAAUCUUGACGGUUUUUAUUGCAAUGCCGACAUUCAAGUGGGGUAAGUUACUAGAAGACCCAGGUGCACAUCUAAAUGAGUUAAUUGCAUCACCUGGAAACAUGCUUCGCGGAAGAGGAAGCUUUCUUGUUUAUCUCAACAACAUGGUAUUUCGGGUUACCAAAGGUGGAAAUUCAGUAGUGAAAGUCAAACUAAAGGGACCAGCACCAAAGCUUAUUUCUAUUCAUCCUGCAUGCUUUGAGGCUGGCAAGCCUAUGGAGUUUUUCGCCUGUGGAAGCAAUCUAAUGCAGCCCAGAUUCCGGUUUCUUCUGUCAUUUGGGGGAAGGUACUUGGGGAAUGAUAUCAGUGUUGCACGAUCAGGCUGUAAAAUUGAAUGUGAUUCUAGUUGCAUGGAGCAUCAGUUUUUAAAGAUACAUGUCCCUAGAACUGAAGCAGAUCUUUUUGGCCCUGCUUUUGUAGAGGUCGAGAAUGAAUCUGGCUUAUCUAACUUCAUCCCCAUCCUCAUUGCGGAAAAGGAUAUUUGUGCAGAAAUGAAGGAAAUACAACGGAAGUUUUGUUCUGGAGGGUCAGAAUCCACUGCUUUUUGUUCUCCAUGUGAAGCUUCCACUUCUAGAACAUCAGAAUUCUCAGAGUUUAUGUUGGAUAUAGCAUGGUUACUAAGGGAGCCUUCAUCAGAAAAUGUUCAGAUUCUGGCGUCUGUACAGAUGCAGAGAUUUAAUUAUUUAUUGAACAUUUUAAUGGAAAGUCAGUCUACUAUUAUUUUGGAAAGAGUAUUGUCUUAUUUUGAAAACAUGGUGAAGAGAAACUUUUUAGCUGGCAUCACUGAUGCUGAAAUGAGGCUUUUUCAGAGGAAUAUUCACGAGAAACGUAAUCUGCUUAAGGAAAGAUUGCAUACAAAGGAAUGUUUUGCGGGAGAUUCGGGACAACUCAUGCAGGAGGCCAAUACUUCUAGUCAAAUCUUCCAAAAUCAUAUGCAAUCUGUUUUUCCAGUUAUCAAUCAGGAAACAGAGGUACCACAUAAGCAGAACACAGAAUUUGGUUCGACUUAUUGGGAGAGUACUUCAACAGUCCCACUUUUGGAUGCAGAAUUGGCAUUGAGAGUGAAGGAGGAGCAAUCAGGGAAGCCCUGUGGGUUCUUGGUUAGAAAGACAGUUUUGACGUCUCGUACUCUCGUUUUUUUAAUCACUGGUUUUGCUUUAUGCCUUGGUCUAUGUGCGACAUUCCUGCACCCCAGAAAAGUUGGUGAACUCGCAAUGACAAUCCGGAGGUGUCUGUUUGACAAAACUUAAAAUUGCAUGCAACUUUUAUCAAAAGAACUAUCUGCAGUCGCAGAAUAUAGGUGUGAUCUCCAUUGCUCGGGUCCCCCUUUGUGGCUGGUCUUGUAUGAUAUUCACGUGUUUGCGACAACUACAUCUCAAGAAACUGGACAAAUACUCGUGUUUGCCACCACUGCAUCUGAAGAAACUGGACAGCAUGGAGUUGAGAGUUAAUGAUUAGUUCCUGACCAUUAAACCAAAGGCUUGCUGGAAGACAUGGUUUAUGUCGUUCUUGAUGUAUUAUACAACCUGUGCUAUGUAAACACAAAGUGUAUUAGCUAUGUAUCUUCAUUAGUUUAGUAGUUUCUUUAUACAAUUUCUUGAAUAAUCACCCUAGACUUCUCUAUAAACGUUAUGGUUGCUGACAUUUUGAUGUGAAUAUACAAUAGAAGAUGGUACCAA